AUGGCCAACAUGAUGGCGCGGCUCAGCGGUGGUGUCUUUCCACCGCGGCGCCCCGGGCAGACCGACGGAGACCUCCGCAAGGAACUCAACGAGCGCAAGGCGCCGCGUGACUCGACGAUUCUCACCCGCACCGAGCUGGACAUCGUGCGCGACAUGAUUGCCGGGAAGACGGUGAUGUCGUCGCCGCUUCAAAGCACCGUGCGCACCCGCACCGCCGCCGCAAUGGAGCGCAAGCAGCGCAUGCAGGAGUACGACGCCAAACACCGCCUGCACGGCGGCGAGGAUAAGACGCUCGACGACAUUGAGGAGGAGCAGCAGCAGCGACUUCACCUGGAGCGGGCGAAGAACCUCAUCGACGAGCAGUUCGAGGAAGUGCGGGCGAUGAACCAAAUUGUGAUGGAGGCAAAGUGCCUCGCCAUCCGCAACGCGCAGCUGAUGGAGAAGAAGCGCGGCAAGGAAGCGGAGCGCAAGCAGGAGGAGGAGCUGGAUCAGAUGAUGGUGCUUGAGUCCAAGCGGGCGCAGCGCCUGUACGAGGAGCGGGAGCGGGAGCAGGUGGAGGGCCGCAAGAAGAACCUCGCGGUGAUCCGGGCGCAGCUAGAAGAGCGGGAGAUCGACCGAAUUCGAAAGCUCGAGGCCCACCAGCAGGAGCAGGAGGCGAUGACGCGCCACAUUGAGCGGCUGCGGGAGGAGGAGGCCGCGGAGAAGCUGCGCAGGCAAGAGGCCGCGCGUCGCCUCAUGGAGGACGCCGCGCUUUCCAACGCGGAGCAGAUCAAGCUUAAGAAGCGGCAGCAGGAGCUGGAGCUAGAGGAGGAGAGGCAGGUAUUGGAGUACAUCAAGGCGAAGGAGGAGCGGGAGCGGCGCUUCGCGGAGGAGCAGCAGCGCAUCCGCGACGAAAAGGAGCGGGAGGUUGCCAGGCUGCGGGCGCAGCAGCAGCGGGUGCAGGACAAGCAGGCCGAGUUGGAUGAAAUUCGCGCCAAACGCGCCCAGGAGGCACAUGCGCGAGAGACGCGGCGCAAGGAGAAGGAGCGCAAGGAGAACGAGCGGGCCAUCCUGCAAGAAUUGGCACGCGUCCGCGAGCAGCAGAUGGAGGAGCGCAAGCGAAUCAAGGCGGAGCAGCACCAGCAGGAGCUGGAGGAGCUGGAGCACAUCGUCGCUGUGCAGAAACUUGCGCUUGAGAAGGACCGGGAGCGGAAGGCGCGGGCGCGGCAUCUGCACGAGGAGAACUCCCUGGCCGUGCUCAAGCAGAUCAUGGAGGUGGAGGAGCGCCGUCGCCGCGAACGUCACGAGCACGUGGCGGAGGGCAACAACCUCUUGAUGCAGAUGCGGGACCGCGAGGCGGCUAUCGAGGCCAUCCGUCAGCGGAAACUUGCCGAGUUAGAGGAGCUAGGUGUGCCCGAGGAGUACACAAAGGCGCUGACGAAGAAAAUCAAGGUGCGGGGCGCUCCGUGA